GUGUUUUUGUCACAGUGUUGACGCUGAAUCAAGCAGGGGUACACGGUCAGUAUAACUGUUAGGUUCAACAGUGUUUCACAUCCUUCAUUCAGGUCCAGGUUGACACGUCAGCAAAUAAUGGCAACAACUGGACAGGUGAUCAAAUGCAAAGCAGCUGUUGCUUGGGAACCCAGGAAGCCUCUUUCAAUCGAAGAAGUGGAUGUUGCCCCGCCUAAGGCUCACGAAGUUCGGAUCAAGGUCGUUGCAACAGGCGUGUGCCACACAGACUGUGAAUACCUGUAUGAGGCUGGAACAGGGAUGAAACUCAGACCGUUCCCUUUAGUUCUCGGCCAUGAAGCGGCAGGCAUCGUGGAGAGUGUUGGCCCACAAGUAACCCAGUUUGCACCGGGAGAUAAAGUCAUUCCUCUUUUUCUGCCAUUUUGUCACGAGUGUGCCCAGUGUAAAGGUUCCAAAACAAACAUCUGCAAGAAGAACUGGGAAAACGCACAAGCGGGUGUUUUGGCUGAUGGCACAAGCAGAAUAUCUUGCAGGGGUCAGCAGGUCUACCAGUUCCUUGGUGUCAGCUCCUUCUGUCAGUACACGGUGGUUCCUGACACCUCUCUUGCAAAGAUACAACCCAGUGCUCCCCUGGACAAAGUCUGCUUGCUGGGCUGCGGCGUCUCCACUGGUUAUGGUGCAGCUGUCCAAACCGGCAAGGUUGAGAAAGAUUCCACUUGUGCCGUGUUUGGGCUUGGAGCGGUGGGACUGGCUGCCGUCAUGGGCUGUAAGGCAGUCAUGGCCAAAAGGAUCAUUGGGGUCGACAUCAACCCUGAGAAGUUUGAGAAAGCCAAGCAAUUUGGAGCCACUGAUUGUAUCAACCCAAAAGAUUACGACAAGCCCAUCCAAGAGGUUCUGGUGGAGAUGACCAACGGUGGGGUGGACUAUGCUCUGGAGUGUGUUGGCAGUCCAUCUAUAAUGAGUGCUGCGUUGGAGUCCACCAGAGAGGGUUGUGGCACAUGUGUCAUUGCUGGGUGGACCGAGACAGAAACAAUGAGCGUUCAGAUUAUAAAGAUCCUGAUGGGGCGCACCUUGAAGGGAACUUAUUUUGGAGGCUGGAAGAGUGUGAAGGACGUGCCUAAACUGGUGGAGAAAUACAUGCAGAAGAAACUGAAGCUGGAUGAGUUCAUCACUCACAACCUCUCACUGGGUCAGAUCAAUGCCGCAUUUGAACUUCUGAGAAAUGGUCAAAGUAUCCGUACAGUCAUCAGUCUGGAAGACUCUUGAGAGAAGAAUAAACCAGAACUGACUCCUUCAUGAAGAAUUCCCAAUAAUCCAUGAUGAAAAAUUCCUGCUUAUAUUUCUGUAACUUACAAUAAAAAAUACUAGGUGAGGUUUUUUUUUCCAGAUCUGAAUGUGCAGCAGGUUACCACUAGGUGGCAGUAUUACAUUGUGCAAAAGCUUGAGUGUUUGUGCCUAAAAUAAUCAUCUUACUUUCAAGAAAAAUACAUUUCCACGAGCAGAGCUUUUUUUAUUUUGUCUGAUAAUUUUUCCCAUGUGUUUUUAAGUCUUGAUGCAAACACCAAGCACUCAUGGCUCCUAUGUAAAGUAACACAAGAUCUAAUUCCUGUUUAUACAGUAUCUGCAGCAGCAUCAGGGCAUAUUCUCUAUACGUCUGUCACAGCUGGCAGCUACAGUGACCCUGUUUGUGCUUCACACCAUUUUCCAUAGGAACCUGGGUAAAAAGAUGCAGGAACCAAAAGGUAAAAUCUGUCCUAAGCCGUGAAGCCGCCUGCUUCAUGUGGUCAGGCUUACCAAAGUUCGUCAUUGGUAAUAUAUAUUGAUUUAAAUGGUACUUGCCAAGAGCGGUUAGAAAAACAGUUUUGGGCUGUCAGGACAAAAGGUUGUCUUCUGUCCUAAGGAAUGCCUUAGAGAAGUGAAGCCCUGUUCAGAUCAAAUGAAUGCACUUGGCAGCUGAUCUGAUUUUCCAAACCGUUUUAAUGGAAAGUAAAUUUCUUCUCUUCAUCUUCGAUCCCUUGCUUGUGCCAUUAAUCACAAACUGUGCUGCUUUGAUGACCUCGUUUUACCUAAAACUGCAAAAAUAAAGCAAGCUUUUCAGAAAUAGAAAGCAGCAGCAUGGACAUAAUGAAGCAGCAGAGGAAGACGGGAUCAAAAGGAAGAAUGAGACAAGGCUUGACAGGUGUUUGUGUAACUGGGAAACAUCUGUAAAUGUCAGACAUGGUCGCAGAUUUAUUCGGCCUUCUCACGUCCACGUGACUAAUCUAUGGGAAAAAUAUCCGAAGGGAAGACCAUGAGUCUGCUACAUUUUUUUGCUUUUAGAUCCCUGUAUCUGAAUUGUCCUAGCAUUGUGCAUUUGAUCCAGGGAGGACACACGGUCUGGAUUACAGCCACAUUGUUGCACGGCUUUAUGUUUUAUUGUCAUGUUAAGUUUGUGCAGCUUAUAUCCUAGGAAAUGGGAAACUGUCACAGAAUAAAAUAGUAACAGGAAAAGCUUGACAUUUAAAAAGUCCUGUUUGCUUAUUUCUACACUUUAUUUUUCUUUGGCAAAAAGACUCGAAGAAGAAUAUUUUACAGUGACACUGUUGGAUUGGGUAAAUGCCAUCACUUAAAUAAAAGCAUGUUUGGAAGAAAAA